AUGGCGAAGAUUGACGUGAACGGCGACAAGGCACAUCCCUUGUAUGAGUUCAUGAAGAAGGCUAGGCCUGGUGUUCUCGGCACGAAGGCCAUUAAAUGGAAUUUCACCGCAUUCCUCAUCGACAAGCAUGGCAUUCCUGUGGAGCGCUUUUCACCUGGGGCAUCCGCAAGUGAAAUUGAGAAGUGCCUUAUCCCCCUACUUGAGGCGACCUCUUGA